GACUCUCGGUGGCUUUGCAUUAACUUCAUUUAAAUACGAUGAAGUGUCAUAUUGCAUUUAAAUAUCUGCUCAUUCUCAGCAAAUAGCGAAACAAGAGAUAAAUAAAUUUUAAAAAAGUGAUACAAAAUGAUAAGCUUUAACAGCAUCACUCAUGCUUUUAAUGAUAACUCUGAUAGGGGUGUUCUCAUUUUGUUCUGGUGGCUUAAAGCUUAUUAUUAUGUAAUCGCAUAACUGACAUGAAGCAACCUUCUUUUCAUUCAUAUUAUUUCUGUUCAUCGUUCUAUUUUAAAAAUAUGGCUGAUGACAAAAAAAGCCAAUUUAUCUUUACUUGGAAAAUAAAAAAUUGUUUGACCUGGAAUAGCGCGGAAAAAAUUUCCAGUCCGAUAUUUGUAGUGGAUUUUCUUGUCGUACAAGAAUGGUAUUUAGAUUUCUAUCUAAAUAAAUAUUGCGAUGAGAAAAGACGUUUCACAGAAUGUUUUUUGUCAAGGAAAAAAACAGAUUUAUUUAGGCAAACAGUGCUCCUGAAUUAUAGAAUAGAAUUUGUUGACAUAAAUGAUCAAGUUUUAAACAGUAAAUCUUCCGAAAUGGAGUUUAAAAAUAAUGGAUCAUGGGGUUGGGAUAUGAUUGAAGUUGAGCAACUAUAUGAAAGUAUGAAAACUUGGAGCGAAGAUACCUUGACGAUUCGUUGUACGAUAACAAGUCUUGAGAACACUGAGAAACCUCUAAGAACAGAGUGCGAUGCUCUUACUAUUAUAGAUGUCGAUUCAUGUGCUUUUAAAUGGGAUCUUUCAAACUUUGGAUUUCUAAACUCUACUGAUAGUGUAACAUUGCCAUAUUUAGAUUCUUCUGACUUUAAAAUUACUAUAAGUGCGCCAGAGAAGAAUGUUACUAUUAAUAUGCAGGUAUUAAAAGAGGAAUUAUUAAACGAAUUAAUCAAGAUUAAAAUAACUUUUCUGAGCGACAUAUGGGGAGAAAUAGCUUCUAAGUGCGAUGUACAUACUUUUGAAUCGAUGGAGCCAUGGCAAUAUCCAACAUUUGUAGCUAUGGAAGAUUUGAAAUUAGCAAACGUUGUUUCAACUCGACGCAAAUACACAUUCAUUUCCGAAUAUGCCGUUUCAAAAGCAAAAAUUGCUUCAUCAACUAUCCAAAGAUACAUUCACAGAUUAAAUUUCAGUAAAGAAUUCAAUUCAAAGCCAAAAUCUUGUAAUCGUUUGUUGAAUGAUUUUCAGAAACUCUACACCAAUAAAAAAUUUUCAGACGUAAAACUGCGAGCAGAAAAUGAAGAGAUUCUUGCCCACAAAGCUGUCCUAGCCGUUCGAUCACCUGUUUUCUCGACAAUGUUCGAUCAAGAAAUGAUGGAAACUCAAACUGGCACUGUAGACAUCCAAGACGUGGAUAUGAACACUUUGCAUAGCUUAAUAGAGUAUAUAUAUACUGAAACCAUACAUGAUAUGGAUUGCGAGAGUGCAUUGAAACUGUUAUUAGCAGCUGAUAAGUAUCAGGUUCAAUCACUAGUGGAGGAAUGUUCAUCCAUGGUGUUGGGUCACUUGAAUAUAGAAAAUGUAUGUGAAGUGAUCGCUGUGGCUGAUAUGAUUAAUCAUGAAAGUUUGAAGAAUAUAGUACUAAACUAUAUGUUUGGUAAUGCUACACAAGUUUUAGAGACAACUAGCUGGUCUGAAUUGAUUGAAAAUAAUGUGAAAUUAGCUUCUGAUAUUUUGAGCAAAUUAUCAAAAUAUUUUAAGCAUAAAAAACAGCUUGAAGAUAAGCCCUGAUUCUCUGCCUCUACUUCAGUCAAUAGAUAAUGUAGUUUGUUGUCCAAUUUCUCGUUCUGAAAUUCACGAUUUGAAAAACAAUUACAUUUUAUUUGAAUUAGUGCUAAUAUGAUAAGUAAGCAAUUUUAGUUUAUUUAUUGUAUAAGUGCUACUGAAAUUUGUCUUAUUACUGAUGUUAAUGUUUCGCUGUAUACAUUGAAAUUUACGAUUUUACAAAAUUUUAUGCUUUAUUUGUAUCAGACUGUUACUGUUAAAUGUUUCCGAAUGUAUGAAAUUUGAUUUUAUUUGCCUUGUCUUACUAAAGUUUAUUUUUAUAACUGAUCUUUAUUUUCUCCUUCUAUUUGAACUAACUCAUAGAUAUUGUGGUUUGUUGUCUAAUUCUUUGAAUGCUCUGAAUUUAAUAAAAGUGCAACUGAAUUUUA